AUGCGACUCGUUUGGGUUCCACAGUGGACCGUAUUGCCGGUGAUUGUCGAAGAUCGAGCAAUGGGCGAUGUGAGCGUGGAGGCAUCGAGACAGUUGAGUGCCUCUCCAGCAGGAGUCAUCCGCGGAUCCGGAUUUGGCAACUAUGAGGACGGGUCAGCUGGACGGAAACCAUGGGACUACACUCACACUCUCACAGUGAGUCGUCUAAAUGACAAUAUGCUUGACGCACGUGCUCGCGGCGCAACCCCUCAACAAUACCCGUCCAACAGUCAGCCACUGAUAUCAGGCUCAGACAUCAACGAUCACUCAUUAGGUCGAGAGACUCCGCCGAACAACUUUAAUAUGUUAGGCAUGAGUGCAACAUUGCCAGCUUAUCCUCGCGGAGCCUCACAAGUGUUCUCUCAAGACUCGCAGCGUUUUGCACCGUCUAUGGGCAGCAUGGCAAAUUAUGGUGCCCAAAAUAUGCAAGGCCAGCCAGCUUUCAACGCCGUUCCAUAUUCAAUGCAUCCUUCACAAUUCGCCCACUCUUUCCAAGACACAGCUGCUAUGUACCAACAAAUGCAGUCUGGGCAUCGAUCGUAUUCUGGCGGUCCAAGUCCCGUACAGUCGUCGUUUCCGAGCGGUUCUUACAUACAAGGUUCUCAGUCGCACUACCCUUACUUCACCGGACAAGCGGCCCAGAUGGGUCAGAUGAACACACUUUCGAUGUUUCACCAGGGAUCUCCGCCGCAUCCGGCUGAUAUCAAUGCAAGAAUGUAUCACGGUGACAUACCAGUGGGGUCUAAUCAAGCAGGCCAAUUCUUGUCCCCAAUGCCACAGAGUAGACCAGGCCAAGGCAGCUCUCAAUCCAGCAGUAAUAGCAUCCCUUCCACGCCACGAGGGCCGCCUCGGAAGCCGAAGCAAUCUGGUCAUGCAUUGUGGGUGGGUAACCUUCCAACGGGAGCUGCGGUCAGGGAUCUGAAGGACCAUUUCUCGAGGGACGCAACCAAAGACAUUGAAAGUGUUUUUCUCAUUUCCAAGAGCAAUUGUGCAUUCGUUAAUUAUCGAUCGGAAUCAGCGUGCGUUGCAGCAAUGAACAGAUUCCACGACUCAAGAUUUCAAGGUGUCCGCCUGGUUUGUCGUCUGAGAAGAGGGCUAGCUUCGACCACGCCAGUAGCGCCCCCUCCUGUUCCUGGCGCCCCCGCUGCACCCUCAGCGUUGAUGCCAGAGAGCAAAGCGUCGGAAAUUGGGCCUGAAGCUUCAAAUCAACUAUCUCAUGUUUCUUCAAGAGGUUCAGACGAUGCUGCAGCUUCAUUUCGUAGGGGUUCACAGACAGGGAAGGUCCCAGAUAGAUACUUUAUCAUGAAGAGCUUGACGCUUGAGGAUAUGCAGCUGAGUGUACGCAACAAGAUUUGGGCAACACAAGCACACAAUGAGCAAGCUCUAAACGAGGCAUAUGAGUCCGCAGAAGCCGUCUACCUAAUCUUUUCAGCGAACAAGUCUGGAGAGUAUUUUGGGUACGCCCGAAUGGUCUCACCUAUCAACGACGAGGCAUCUGCCGAUUUGGACUGGGUUCCAAGAUCUGAGACGACAGUUGACGACCCUGACAUCCCUAGGUCAAUAACGACGCCAGCUACUGAGUUCGCCCCCAGAGGACGCAUCAUCGACGACUCUGCACGCGGAACAAUUUUCUGGGAAGCUGACGCUGAGGAGGCUCUAUCAAGCGCUACCGCUAUUGGCGAUGGUCUCAAAGAGGAUGUGGCUGAAGAAGUUGACGAAUCAGCCAUCGAGACCGGAUCACACUCUUUUGGCAAACCCUUCAAGAUUGAAUGGCUCUCCCCAAACCGGCUGCCAUUCUUCCGCACGCGAGGAUUACGCAACCCUUGGAAUGCAAACCGAGAAGUCAAAAUUGCUAGAGAUGGCACGGAACUCGAGACAACAUCAGAGUUAAAAGAAAUGGUCGAAGGUUCGCCGGAUCGCCCGCCAACUUUUAGGAUUGGAUCUCUUCCUGGAUUUCUACCGGUCAAUGAUACCCCUGUCUCAACUCGCGGACAGAAGCUUCCCGGUUUAAUCAGAGAUCGCUCCUCUGUGAAUAUUCAAGAAUUGAAGAAGCGACGGCAGAUUAAAAUUGAAGAUGAGAGCGGAAAUGAAGAUGGCGACCUUGAAAGCAACGCCGACAGCUUUGAUGUCCCCGAGGAUCGGUCUCCUUCCACGAAGCGAAAGCCGCCAACGCACGAGAGAAGAGGAAGUGGUAUCAGUGAUAUAAGUCAGGUCAUGCAUACGCCGCAGAUGAGGAGUAUGCGACUGAUUGGCAACACAAACCCGAGAUAUCAGUGGGAGAAGUAUUUCAAGACACAAGAAGAAUUACGACAAAUGAAGAAGCCUAUACGGCAGUAUUACGAGCGAAACAAUCGCCUGAUUCAGUCAUAUCUUUACAUUGACCGACUGCUUGACUCUUCUCUCCCUCACAAUCUUCUUCAAGAGUACAACGAGCCAUCUCGGAUGAGCAAUGGAGACGUGCCUCCCACAAUCAGGGAAGAAUCUGCAUCAUCUCCAAGUGAGUGUAAUCACCCCUCAGCCGAUAUGGUCAAGAAGCCGGUCGAAAAUGGCACAGAGACCCAGAUAAAAGUCAAGCGCACCCCCAAAGCGCUUUACAGGCUUCCAAACGAGAGAUCGCCUUUACUUUCCGAGGAUGACACCGACCGCACAAGAACUGAGGAACUCGAAGCUGGAGCCGAAGACGACGACGAAGCCGAAAGCGGAAGUCGUGUAGUUACAGUCGCGAUCUACAUAAAUUUGGCCGCAAAUGCGAUCCUCCUAGCAGGCAAGAUCGCAGUCAUCGCUCUCACUUCGUCCCUUUCCGUCCUCGCAUCACUUGUAGACGCCGCCCUGGACUUCCUCUCCACCGCCAUUGUCUGGACAACAACUCAAUUGAUCAGCCGGCAAGAUCAGUAUCGAUAUCCCGUUGGCCGUCGACGUCUCGAGCCUAUCGGUGUGCUUGUCUUCUCAGUCGUGAUGAUCACCGCCUUCUUCCAAGUUCUAUUGGAAUGCUUCAACCGGCUCACGUCCGGUGAUCACUCGAUCGUGCAACUGGGGCUUCCUUCUAUCAUCAUCAUGACUUUGACUGUUGCCAUAAAAGCUGCCUGCUGGUUCUGGUGCCGGCUGGUUAAGAAUUCUUCUGUGCAAGCUCUGGCGCAGGACGCCAUGACGGAUGUCGUAUUCAACACAUUCUCCAUCAUCUUCCCCAUAGUCGGAUUUUACGCCAACCUUUGGUGGCUGGACGCUCUUGGUGGCGCCCUCCUCUCGCUCUACGUCAUUCUCAAUUGGUCGACUACCUCUACAACCCACAUCAAACACCUGACUGGUGCUGCCGCAUCUGCAGAAGACCGCAACGUGCUGCUGUACCUAACGAUGCGCUUCGCAAGUGCGAUUGAUAGUAUACAAGGCUGCCAAGCAUAUCAUGCAGGGGACAAGCUAAACGUUGAGGUGGAUGUGGUACUAGAUGAGAAAAUGACGCUGAGGGAUAGUCAUGAUUUGGGGGAGAGCUUGCAAUAUGUUUUGGAGAGCGUGCCGAGUGUGGACAGGGCGUUCGUGCAUUUGGACUAUAAAAGGUGGAAUCUGCCGAGUCAUUUGAUGCAGCAGGCUGAUUGA